CAGAGACCCUCCACACCCUUAAGGAGGUUCACAGAAAAGCUCAACUUUGGAAACCUGAAGCCCUAUGAAUUACAGCAUGGAGCCUCAGUACCUGGUGGUGGUGGUGCUGAGUCUGGCCAGGCCAGGCCUGUCAGGUGUCGAACCACUGACGGGGCCGAAGUGCACCUACACCUUCAUCUUGCCGCAGCAGAAGUUCACGGGGGCCGUGUGCUGGAGCAGCGUGCGCCUUCCCCCGGAGCCUCCGGGCCUCAAUCGCUCUGAGGUGGCCGAACUGCGUGAUCAGCUGCACCACCAGCAGGCCCAGAUGGAGGAGCUGCGCCGACUAGUGGAGGUGGACGGGGCCGUGGUGAGUGAAGUCAAGGCCCUGCGCAAGGAAAGCCGCAACAUCAAUGCUCGUGUCACCCAGCUGUACACUCAGCUGCUUCAUGAGAUCCUCCAGCGACGAGAGCGGCCAGUGCAGACCUCACAGCUUGAAGGGAGGGUGGCCAACGCCUCUGCCGAGGCCUUGCGCGUGGCGGCCAGUUAUCGCCAGCUGGAAGGGAAGUACCAUGCCCUGGCUGCCCUGGUCAACAACCAGAGUGCCCUCAUCAGCCAACUGGAGAGAGACUGCCAGCAAGGAGCCAGUGGCCGGGGGAGCCCACAGCCCCCCCUGGUGCCAGUGGUGCCUCACAACCCUGCAAGCAUCGCCAAUGAGAGCAGGGUCCAUUUUGAUGCCGUCAAUGACAUCCAGAGAGACCGGCCACACAAGGCGGCAGUGCCACAGGGCGGCACUCUUCAGCCGCCUGCUGUCGUGCCCACCAAAUCCACAGGGCCAUGGCGUGACUGUCAAGCAGCUCAACAGAAUGGGCAGACCAGCGGCAUCACCAUGCUACAACCAACUGGUGCCCGGGGAAUCAUCCAGACCUGGUGUGACCAGGAGUAUGAUGGGGGUGGUUGGACCGUCAUCCAGCGGCGGCAGGAUGGGUCGGUCAACUUCUUUAUCACCUGGCAACACUACAAGAAUGGUUUUGGGAACUUGGAAGGAGAACACUGGCUGGGCCUCGAGUUCAUUCACUGGCUGACUCGCCAGGGCCCAUAUGUGCUGAGGGUUACCAUGGAAGACUGGAGUGGGCGGCAGGCAUACGCAGAAUACAGCACCUUUGCCCUAGAACCUGAGAAUGAUUUCUACCGGUUGCGGCUGGGGCGCUAUCAAGGCAACGCUGGUGAUUCCCUCUCCUGGCAUAAUGGCCGACAGUUCAGCACCCUCGACCGUGACCAUGAUGCUUACUCAGGCAACUGUGCCCACUUCCAGAAAGGUGGUUGGUGGUACAAUAUGUGUGCCCACUCCAACCUUAAUGGUGUCUGGUACAAAGGAGGGCACUACCGAAGCCGCUAUCAGGACGGAGUCUACUGGGCAGAGUUUCGUGGCGGUGCCUACUCACUCCGCAAGGUGGUCAUGAUGAUCCGGUCUCCACAAGGCACCUGAUUUCUGUACCUGGGAGUAAGAAAGGACGCAUACCAAGGGCAGGUCUAGAUAUUUAAAAACAGGAGUCACUGAGCUCUGAAAGCUCACUUGCCAUGUUCUCAGUCAGACGUACAGCCUCCUUCUCAAAGCAAGCUCCUUCUAGUGCCAGUGACCUGUAGAAACUGUGGGUGCACUACGCUAGCGGGGGGGGGGGGCUUGUGGCAUUCCCUGAGCAGUUGUUCAGAUUUUAAAAGAACAUUUUCCCCUUUAAAAAAUAACUGAAAAUAAUUAACGAAGGUGCCAAAUGAUGUUUUAAAUGUACAUGCAGCACCUUAAACAAUUAACAGUCAGCACCUGUAAAAAAUUUGGAAAUAAAAUUCCUAAAGCGAGGGGGGUGUUCAGCAAAAUUGAAGAGAGAAUUAGCAUAUGGGGGGAGGUGUUUGUUAUUUUCAGUGGGUGCUUCUAGGUGGGGUCUCCUUACACCUGCAAGUUUUUCACAGUGUCCACAUAAGUGGCAUCAAAAUGCUAGCCUGAACUUUCCACCUCAUUAAAUUUGGAUUUGUCAAUUUUGGAGGAAAUCCAGUGAAGUUAAAAACAAACAAAUACUGUAAACAAAACAGCUUGUUGCCAGAAACCUUUGGUAGCUGAACGGCCUGCAAGCACUCAUCUAGAAACACAUGUUUUAAAUCUGACGACACAUGUUUUAAAUCUGCAGCUUUAUACUUACAUACCUGGGAGUAAGCCACACAUGAGUCAAUGAGUGGAGGUGUAUAGGACUGCAUCAUCUUCACUCUCUACAAUCCAGGUGUAACAACCCAGUUUGUUGUGACAUGUGAAGCCUUGGGGGCUGCAUUCUCCCCAUCACAUGCCAAAAAAGGAAAUAAAAUACUUCAGUUCCCCUAAUUAGAAGCACAGUUUGUUGCUGUGUGCAAACUUUGCAAAUGACAGUGUGUUCAAACUAUGAUUUCUUAACUAUCCAGGAUUAUGUGGUUUGUUCCAUGCUGCUGUAUACUCCUCCCUCCCCACAUUGUGGAACUGGUUACUCUUGCAGAGGCUGAAACACCCCGUGGUAGAAAACAACACUGCAGCGAUUUAAGGAUCGCCACUUUCAUAAUGCUAACAGAAGGGUCAUUAGCACUGCUGUAGCAGACUCUGGGCUCAUCCAGACUUCUGUGCCGUGUUUCUUGGCACAAGUGUGUACUUUAAAGCUCUGUGUCCAAGCAUUUUUUUGUUUUUGGUUGCCUUAUGCUUUCCCUGCAAAAGCCGAGUCUACUGCCGAGUCUGUGCAAACGGAAAUCAUCAAAAAACCCAAAUUGCCAUUUGUUCUGAUUCAGCAUUAAAAAACGGACAUUUGUAUACAGUGGUACCUCUGGUUAAGAACUUAAUUCGUUCUGGAGGUCCGUUCUUAGCCUGAAACUGUUCUUAACCUGAAGCACCACUUUAACUAAUGGGGCCUCCCGCUGCCGCCGCGCCACUGCUAUGUGAUUUCUGUUCUCAUCCUGAAGCAAAGUUCUUAACCCAAGGUACUAUUUCUGGGUUAGCGGAAUCUGUAACCUGAAGCGUAUGUAACCCGAGGUACCACUAUAUGCCCAAGAAA